UCCCUUUUUGGUAUUCUUUCCAGUCACCCUGGAUCUUGCCCCAGAGAAGGGUCAAAGUAACAUCAUGAAUUGUAGUGCACAGCAAUGGAUAUGAAAGGGACAAUGAAUGGGUGAGAGAGGUCCCCAAGAACAGAACUGGACAUUUGCGUCGCAACACAUGAGCCACAAAAUCCGUCGUUGUGGGGUUUUGAACCUGAAGAACCAGGGUCAUCUGUUUCUUGACCAGGAUUGCCAAACCUCAUACCCUUGUUGUCUUGCCAAACAUUCUGUGUAUCCCCUGUCAAAUCAAACCCAGCGUCUUCCACUUUGUCUGACAUCUGGGUUGCCCUUCCCUCUUGUGCCCUGAUCUCCUCAAUGUCCCCGGUGAGCUCGGAAGCUAAUUCUCGGGGUGGUCGGAGGCAUUCUCGUAUUGACAAACACAAGAGCAGUCAUUAUUAUCCUGGCGAGCGACGAAGACGGUUGCAGAAAUCUCUGUUGGGAGUGGCAAUGGCACAAUCACAGAGUACGUUUUACACGAACUUAUCGCAUUCUUGCAUUGUGAAUGUACCCAUGUUGAAUAGUCCUGAUCUUCGACUUCGGUUUUUGACACCUCACGACCUGGAUGAGGUCAAAUUGUUGUGCAAAGAUUGGUUUCCUAUCGAGUAUCCGGAUCAUUGGUACACGGAGAUUACAUCCAACCCGAAGUUUUAUUCGGUGGCUUGUGUUUAUCAUGAACAGAUUGUAGGAUUAGUGGUAGCGCAAAUUAAAGACUACCAUCGGUUACCAAAAGAAGACACAGAAAUACUGGAUCGCAAUUUCGGCCAGGGGACUCAAAUUGUGUACAUUCUGUCCCUUGGAGUGCGCGAGGUCUAUCGGAAACAUGGCAUUGCUUCGUUCAUGUUGGAGAACCUCUUGGCCCAUUUCACCUCCAUGGAUCAUGCCGAAGUCAGAGGGGUGUACCUGCACGUGCUCACCACGAACUCUCAAGCCCUCAGCUUCUAUGAAAAUCGAGGAUUCAAGCCUCAUCGGUUCCUGCCAUAUUACUACAACAUCAAGGGCAAACGGAAAGACGGUUUUACCUAUGUUCUAUACAUCAAUGGAGGACAUCCACCAUGGACCGCGAUCGACUAUCUCAUACAAUGUUGUCAGAUGAUAGUUCUGUUGAAUCCCUGGAAACUCACAAAAAAUGCCAUCAGGAAAUUGAACCUUGCGUGGUAUCACUUGACUCCACGGCUUCGCCAAAUUGCACAGAACUCCACGGCCGUGUUUUCGUAAGGCAGCCAUUUCUAGAUUUCCUUUAUUUCUUCAACUACUUCGACAAAGAGUGAUCAUGCUGUGCCAGUAUUUUUUUGAGAACCAUCAUUGGCUCCCCUAAGCUCAUCCACAGAUUCACCCCUUUAACUAACCACGAUAACCCUUAUCCCUCUAGAUGUAGGUCUAUUUCUCUGGUUUCGUCUCUUACCUACAAAAGUGAAUUCCAAUGGAGUACCAACUUUUAAAGAGUUGAAAAUCAAACCUUGUUCAUCAAGGAAAUGUAAUAAAUAAUUCUAACUUCA